GAACCCCGCAACCCCCACCCCAUCCCUUCGUUCAAAAUUUGAAAUCUCUCGUCCCGAACCCCGCAACCCCCACCCUCACCUCCCUCCCAAACCCUUUCCUCUCUCUCACACGCAAACACACACGUAGAGAGCCAUGGGCGGCUCCCAGAGUCGCGAGGGUCUGGAGCUCUCCGACUCCGACACCGAAGAAGAAAAUGUCGAAGAAGAAGAAGAAAAGCAACCCUCACGAUCCCCCGCUGAUCGAAGCCGGUCCAAAACCCUAACCCCAACUCCGACCUCCCUCGACGCCAUCGACGAGAAGCUCCAAUCCCUCAACCUCAAAUACUCCAAGCCCUCCUUUCUCUCCUCCCAAAACCCUAACAACCCCAAUACCGCCGCCAAGCUCUACCUCCACAUCGGCGGCAGCUCCCCCACCGCCCGCUGGAUCACCUCCGAGAAGCUCACCUCCUUUUCCUUCGCCCGCUCGUCCGACGAUUCCGACAACGACGCCACCGGCCCCUGGUUCCUGAUCAUCGGAUCCAAGAUCCGGGCCCUGGUGGGCCCCGAGAUGCAGCUCAAGCCCUUUCCAGACCAGCGCCGCGUCGAUUUUGUGGCCGAUGGCGUCUGGGCCCUCAAGUUCUUUGCCCCUGACGGCUACCGGAAGUUCUACGACGAGUACCAGAACUGCCUCUUUGAGAAUAGCUACGGCCUCGAGGCGACGGAGGAGAACAGGGCGAAGGUCUUCGGGAAGGACUUCUUGGGGUGGGCGAGGCCGGAGGAGGCGGAUGACUCCGUUUGGGAGGAUGCCGGGGAGAGCUUCGAGAAGAGCUCAAGCUCUGCCUCCAGGACGCCGUCCAGGACGAAUCAGGACCUCUUGGAGGAGUUCGAGGAGGCUGCCAGUGAGGGUGGGAUUCAGAGCCUGGCAUUGGGGGCGCUGGAAAAUAGCUUCUUGGUGAGCAAUUCGGGCAUUCAGGUCGUCAAGAACUUUAGCCAUGGGAUCCAUGGAAAGGGUGUGUCAGUUAGGUUCUCCAGUAAUGGGAAUAGGGGUGGGUUUUCUACUCCAAAGAAGGCACUUUUGAUGAGGGCGGAAACCAACAUGUUGUUGAUGAGUCCUUCCAACGGUGAGAGGCCACAAUCCACUGGUGUCCACCAGCUUGAUAUUGAAACCGGGAAAGUUGUGACAGAAUGGAAAUUUGAGAAGGAUGGGACUGAUAUUACCAUGAGAGACAUCACAAAUGAUAGCAAAGGAUCACAACUAGACCCAUCGGAGUCCACCUUUCUGGGGUUGGACGAUAAUAGGUUGUGCCGUUGGGACAUGAGGGACCGUGGAGGAAUGGUUCAGCACCUCGCGAACUCAAUGGAAUCACCUGUAUUGCACUGGACACAGGGGCAUCAAUUCUCCAGAGGGACUAAUUUUCAGUGUUUUGCUGCAACCGGUGAUGGGUCUAUUGUGGUGGGAUCUCUUGAUGGGAAGAUUCGGCUGUACUCAAAGAACUCGAUGAGGAUGGCAAAGACUGCUUUUCCAGGGCUUGGGUCUCCGAUCACCCAUGUGGAUGUUACAUUUGAUGGGAAGUGGAUUUUGGGCACAACAGACAUGUAUUUGGUCCUCAUAUGCACCAUCUUUAAGGACAAGGAUGGAAAGGAGAAGACUGGUUUUAGUGGGCGGAUGGGAAACCGGAUUGCAGCUCCAAGAUUGUUGAAGCUUACUCCAUUGGAUUCACACCUAGCUGGGACAAACAAAAAGUUCCAUGGGGGUCAGUUCUCAUGGGUUACUGAAAAUGGUAAGCAGGAAAGGCAUCUUGUUGCCACCGUCGGCAAAUUCAGCAUCAUCUGGAACUUUCAGCAAGUGAAGAACAGCAGUCAUGAGUGCUAUCAAAAUCAGGAAGGACUGAAGAGCUGUUACUGCUACAAGAUUGUCCCAAAAGAUGAAUCCAUUGUGGACAGCCGCUUCAUGCAUGACAAUUUUGCUGUGAGUGAUUCUCCAGAGGCUCCAUUGGUAGUCGCAACCCCAAUGAAAGUCAGCUCCUUCAGUAUAUCAAGUAGGCACUAGCUUGUGCCUGUUGUUGUUGUUGUUGGUUUUCCUUUAUAUGGUUUUCUUUUGAAGAGACUGGAAAAAUCCUUAAAUGAGGAAUUCGGAUUGUUUAAUAUAUUGAAAUUUGUUAGUGCACUACUAUUUGUGGA